UAGAAAGGGAGCAGUUUCAUAGGCAAGUUCCGCCCAUUACUACUACUCGUAUUCGAAGCUUAGUUUACGCAACACGCAACCAGCUAGGCUAAUACACUUACUGCACAUACUAAGUCCUCAUCAUGCUCGUACGUCCGGCAUUUCGAAGUUUACCCCGUUUGAUUACUCCUAUUUAUAGUCAAAUGGCCAAAUUAAGUGGUGCACCAGACAGUGAGUCAUGUGGAAGAAGUGAGGUGAAGAAAACCAAAACUCCCAUAGGUAAACUGGAUUCUCAAGAGACAGUUGAGGGCCACCAUCCGUACCAGGAGAAAGAACCAUUAGAAGCAUUUCCUAAUAACAUCAAUCCUCAUACUGGAGAGGUUGGUGGGCCAAGAGGGCCUGAACCAACUCGCUAUGGUGAUUGGGAACGUAAAGGACGUGUCACAGAUUUUUAGUGUUAAGAAAUAUACAUAAGGAGGAUUUGAGUUCAUACUAAUAGAAUCAUGUACAGUAUAGCUUAUCACUAAUAUAGAAGUUGUUUAUUUUGUAUUCCUUUAAAUCCUUGUGAAGUGUUCUCAGAAUGCUAUGUUAUAUGAAGAAUUCAGAUAGUGUCAGGUUUAAAAUUUUGAGGAAUAAAUACAAUACGCAAUAUUCCAAGACUAUAGAGGAACAUAAUGUGUUGUAAUCUGUAUUACAGUAUAAGGUCAUGGCCCUUGAUAUCCAAAUGCUGAUUACCAAGGAGGUAUUGCUUAUGAGAAAAGUGUAUAGUUGAGGAUAACAUGGUAGCCUGUCAUAAGGACUGAAAUAUAUGGUUUGUUUUGAUUUAUUAUCUCUUACCAUAA